CAAGCCAAUGGCUUCUCUUCCCCCUCCAACCACAGCCUACGCCUCCUCCACCACCACCACCACCACCUCCGCCUUUCCAUCUUCCCCAUUCUUUGCCAAGAAGUCUCAAAUCUCAAUAACAAAAUAUCGACGUCCCACUAAAGUGUCAUGCAAAGCCAAAGAUGGUGACCAGAACCCUAGCACUAGCUCCAAAAAUGGUACUGAAGCUUCUCUAGGGAAGUUUGAUAGGAGAAAUGUGCUUAUAGGGCUUGGAGGGCUCUACGGUGCGGCGACAUUCAGUGCUGCUGAUCCCCUAGCAUACGCUGAUCCGGUGACAGCACCCGACAUAACAAAAUGUGGCGCGGCCGACUUGCCUACCGGUGCAAAACCCAUAAAUUGCUGCCCUCCAGCUACCACAAAAAUUGUGAAUUUCAAGCUUCCACCGCCAUCUAACGCCAUGCGCGUUAGGCCGGCUGCUCAUUUGGCGGACAAGGAAUACAUAGCCAAGUAUACCAAGGCCAUUGAGCUCAUGAAAGCCCUUCCUGCAGAUGAUCCACGUAAUUUCAUCCAACAAGCUAAUGUUCAUUGCGCUUAUUGUGAUGGUGCUUACGAUCAAGUUGGGUUUCCGAAUCUUGAUAUUCAAGUACACAACUCAUGGCUCUUCUUUCCUUUCCAUAGAUACUACCUCUACUUUUAUGAAAAGAUCUUGGGUAAAUUGAUCGAUGACCCCACUUUCGCUUUGCCAUUUUGGAAUUAUGAUGCUCCUGGUGGCAUGCAAUUGCCAGCUUUUUAUGCUAACUCUAAAUCACCACUCUAUGAUCCUCUCCGUGACCCAAAACACCAGCCACCAACCACCAUUGAUCUUGAUUUCAACGGCACUGAUGAGAAAAUAAGUAGUCAACAACAAAUGUCAAGCAAUCUCACCAUCAUGUACCGUCAAAUGGUUUCCAAUGCCAGGACCACCCGGCUUUUCCUCGGCAGCCCUUACCGUGCCGGUGAUGAUGCUGACCCCGGAGGUGGCUCGGUCGAGAACAUCCCACACGGUCCGGUGCAUAUAUGGACCGGUGACCGAUCCCAGCCUAAUGGAGAGGAUAUGGGAAACUUCUACUCCGCCGCAAGAGACCCUAUAUUCUUCUGUCAUCAUUCCAAUGUUGACCGGCUAUGGUCGGUGUGGAAAACCCUGGGAGGAAAACGUCAGGACUUCACAGAUCCAGACUGGUUGAACGCGGAGUUUCUCUUUUACGACGAAAAUGCUCAGGCUGUACGCGUCAAGGUUCGAGAUUGUCUGGACACGAAGAAUCUGGGAUACGUUUACCAAGAUGUGGAGAUUCCAUGGCUGAACAAUCGGCCAACGCCUAGUGCUAAGAACGCUACCAAAAAGCAAAGCAAGGCUGGAGUGGCAAAUGCGGCGGAGACAUCUAGUGUUAGGGAUGUUUUUCCGACGACUCUAAACAGAGCGGUGAGGGUUUUGGUUCCGAGGCCGAAAAAGUCGAGGAGCAAGAAAGAUAUAGAAGAAGAGGAGGAGGUGUUGGUGAUAGAAGGAAUAGAGUUGGAUAGAGAUGUGUUUGUGAAGUUUGAUGUUUAUAUUAACGACGAAGAUGACGAUAACAGAGUAAGGCCAGACAAGACUGAGUUUGCGGGGAGUUUUGUGAAUGUGCCGCAUAAGCAUCAUAAGCAUUCGAAGAAGAAGACAAAUACUCGCUUGAGGUUGGGGAUAAGUGAGUUGCUGGAGGAUUUGGGAGCUGAAGAUGAUGAUGAGGUGAUUGUGACUUUGGUGCCCAGGAAUGGAAAAGGUCUAGUUACCAUUGGUGGUAUUAAGAUUGAGCUUGAUUCUUGAAUCAAUAAGUCUUAGUAUUUAUUUCCAUUCAUAAAUUUUACUUCUUAAUUAUUAGAGCUUUGAUUGUCUUGAUUUUGUUCCAUCGAAGUUAGACAUCAAUAUUUGUAUUUUUUUUUUUUUUUAUCAUGCGCAUCUUUUGUCUGUAACAAUAAGCUUCUCAUGCAAUUACUUGAAAAGAAAAUAAAGAUAAAAAUUCAUUCACUUCAAACCCAA